CGGGCAAAAGUUGGGAUGGAACUGGGAGUGGGAGCUCCUCCGCCAUGGCGUCCCCAUGGAGAUCUCCUCCGCCUCGCGCUCCUCGUCUUCCUCUGCCUCCGGUCCACUUCUGAGGCGAAUGAACAGCUUGCUGAGGUACCACCAAGAGGAUGGAACUCCUUCGAUUCCUUCUCCUGGACGGUCGACGAAAAUGCGUACUUGCAGAACGCAAAGGUCUUGGCAGAAAAGCUACUCCCACAUGGAUAUCAGUAUGCGGUUAUCGACUACCUGUGGUACCGGAGAUAUGUUAGCGGGGCAGAUUCAAAUUCGUAUGGAUUUGACAACAUCGAUGCAUGGGGCAGACCAUUUCCUGACCUUCAGAGGUUUCCAUCAUCCAAGGGUGAUAAAGGAUUCACCCAGAUUGCCAGUAAGGUUCAUGAGAUGGGCUUGAAAUUCGGCAUCCAUUUGAUGAAAGGAAUAAGUACACAGGCUGUUAAUGCUAACACGCCGAUCUUGGACAUCGAAACGGGAAAACCGUAUGUAGAGAAUGGUCGGCAAUGGGCGGCUGGUGAUAUAGGCCUAAACCAGACAAAAUGUAAAUGGAUGGACAAGGGAUUUAUGAGUGUAAAUACCGACAUUGGAGCUGGGCGAGCCUUCUUAAGAUCUCUUUACCGACAGUAUGCAGAUUGGGGUGUUGAUUUUGUGAAGGUUGAUUGUAUCUUCGGUGAUGAUUAUAGCCCAAAAGAAAUAAUCACUAUUUCGGAGCUCCUGCAAGGGCUUGACCGCCCAAUAGUCCUGUCCAUCUCACCAGGAACUCAAGUCUCUCCAGCGUUAGCUCAAAACAUCAGCGAGCAUGUUAAUAUGUAUAGGAUAACAGGAGAUGAUUGGGACAGCUGGAAUGAUGUUAGUUCACAUUUUUCUGUGUCAAGUGCCUUCGCUGCUGCAAACAAGAUCGGGGCUGCCGGAUUACGUGGAAAAUCUUGGCCAGACUUGGACAUGCUUCCAUUUGGCUGGCUAACUGAUCCAGGUGUCAAUCAGGGCCCUCAUAGGCCAUGUAAACUUACAGUUGAUGAACAGAAAGCUCAGAUGACACUUUGGUCAAUGGCCAAGUCGCCUCUCAUGUAUGGAGGAGAUCUGAGACACCUUGAUAAUAAUACAUUAAGCAUAAUAACCAAUCCUACUUUACUGAAGAUAAACCAUUACAGCAAAAAUAAUAUGGAGUUCCAUUAUGUGUAUGGUUACGGUGAAUCAACUUCCAGUAGGGGAUAUUCUGGUCAUUUGAGUUCUAGGUAUCCUGUACACCUGACAAAGCAUGACGGCAUCGCUGUGGGUCUGACUUCCUGCAGCAGCGACCAAGCUAAGGGAUGGUUUGUAUUUUCACAAGAUGGGAAAUCAGAUCAUAUAUGCAGGAACUAUAGAACGGAGAAUGGAAAAGACAUCCCAUUUUGCUUGGGAAAAACAAAACCUCAGAUUGCAUCGGAUGAUUUUAUCAUGGACAAUGAAGACCACCAGGCAAAGUUCCAUUUAGCAGUUGCAGACAUUAAUGAUUCUUGUUUGGAUGCAUCUGCUAGUCGGCGGUGGACUGCCUCAGAGAUCAAGCUUCCCAUGUUCUCCAGGUGCAAGUGGCAUGAAAAGCAGUUGUGGGAGCUGAAUGACAAGGGCAACCUUGUGAGCAGCUAUUCAAGAUUAUGUGCCAAAGUUGAAUUCAGCAAGGAAGGAGUUGGUAUUACUGGAGCGCGUGCAUGGAUUGCAACUGGAAGUAAAGGAGAAAUCUACCUCGCGUUCUUCAACCUCGACGACUCGACGAGCAGGAAGAUAACUGCCAGAAUAUCAGACCUGCAGAAGGUUCUUGGGACAUCGUUCGUACGAACACACUCGUGCAGCUGCACUGAUGCCUGGAGCGGGAGGAACCUUGGUCUCCUGAAGGAGGAGAUUUCAGCAGUUAUAAAUCCGCAUGGUUCAGCAGUGUUUGAACUUAUGUGUUGAGGUUUGCAACAAAUUUCUCAAUCUGCAAAUAAACUUGGGAGCCUAGAGACGUCGAUGAUAUGAUGUUGAUCUCGUCAGCAUGAACCUUGAAUAAUAAUGGGCCGUCGGGUCGUGAAACACACCAAAAUCAAAGGGUUUGAUGUAGAGAGUAACUGCCUUGCUGAUUAUCUGAAUUAUGCUCAACGGUUCUCGGUUUU